AAGAAAAUCCCUAAUCUCAUUAAUAAAUAAAUGUCGGUAGGAUUCAGUAAAUCUGUAAUUUAAGUUUUUAAAUAAAUGAAAUAUAACGUUACCUAUUAAAAACGAACAAUAUGGGAACAGAAAUUUUAUCCUUUGGAAAUCUACAACAUGAACUAGAAGAAGCCAAAAACAGUUUAAAAGGAGUGGACGAAAGUAUAAAAAGGUUAAUUGGUAGAGAUCCUUCACAAUUACCUCCAAGAAAUGUUAUGAAAAGACUUGGUGAUGACAAAAACCGAGCUGCUAAUAAAACUCCUGUUAAAUCACGGAUGUUCACAGAAAAUGAGGAGCCUCCUGCUAAAAGGAGAAAUGCAACUUCUGUUUUUAAUAGAUUGUCAGAUAAGGUUCCAGAUGAUGAUAGUUCAACAAAUAAACAACGGGGUUUAAUAAGUAAAGUUAUAGUGACGCCAAAGAAAGUGCCUAGUCGGGAACAAGCCCUUGAAGCACAAAACAAAGAUGAAAAAUUUAAAGCUAGGAAUAGAAGAAUGUUCGGAGCUUUAUUGGGAACUCUUCAAAAGUUCCAACAGGAGGAAACAAAACUUAAACAAAGAGAACAGAAACGUGCUGAGGUAGAGAAGAAAAUUGAGGAACAUGAAAUAAAAGAGAAAGAAGAGGUAAGGAAGGAAAGACAAGAAUUGUUUCUAAAUCGAAAAAAGAAACAAGCUGAAAUUAAAUUAAUAGAAAUGAAAAUGUUGAGGACAAAAGAAUAUACUGUUUGGGAACAGAAUCAGAAACCAAGCAUGAACUUUAUCAAAACCAAAGCUAAACCACACAUUUACUAUUUACCUCGAAAAAUGUCAGAUCGUACUAAGAAAAUGCUUGAAGAUAGUUCUAAAAAAGUUGAAGAAAUAAUUGAGAAUAAAAAGAAACAAGUAGCUGAGGAACUGGAACAAAUGGAACUAAAAAUGAAGAAAGGCUUCGAUAAGUUUGGAGGCAAAAAAGAAGAAAAAGAAGACUUAGAUCAGAUAGAACAAGAUCAGGAACAUGAGAUGGACGAUCAUGAAAAUCAGCCUGAACAAGAUCCACCUGAAGAACACCAAGAUAGUGACCAUAAUGGCCAUGUUGAUGAUGUACCAGUAAGUAACUCUCCAGCGAUCAACAAAGAUGAAUCUGAUGGACAAGUUGAGACUGAAGUAGCAAGUACAGAAUUAAGUAAUAUUGCAUUACCAGAUGAAAAUCACAGAGCACUCGAAGAUACACAUACAGAGGAAAAUGGAAAUUAUUCUUUUAACAAUGUGGAAUCUGAUCAGCAAACAUCCUUUCAUUCAGGAUAUUAUCAACCUGGAGUUGCACAGAAUGACAAUUUUCAGCCGGAGGGUGGUGAAUGAUCCUGAAAGCUAUUUAACAUAGAUUAUAGUGUUAUAAUAUUUUAAAUAAAAACUCUUAUUUUAAUUCAAUUGAAUAAACAUGCUCCACCCAUCUUAGAAAAUUUUAAAUAAAUGAAUUGUUUAAUAAUGCUGUUAUACAGCAUUCAAACAAAUUGAUGUACAAUGUAUAACACAGUAUAUGUCAAUGUAAAGUAUCCUGGAAACAAUAAGCUUUUGGAUGGUAUGAAUAAAAAUGGUUAUAUUAAAAAGUUUAUACUAUAUAAUUUUUUUAAAAUCAAUCAGCAUCAUAAUUAUAUGUUCUUCAAGAAGAUUGACCAUGUGCCAUUCAAAUAACUUUCAUUUUCAGCAAAUUAUUUGUGUUAUAAAAAUAAAUUAUCUUACAAUUAUAUAAUUAUGUUUUAUAUUUGUCACACACAACACCACUUGUAGAUAGACUUGUUUUAUGAAUCUUUUUAGGAAUCCCAUAAGGUUUUUCAUAUUCACCAGAAUGUGUAACUUUUGAAUGUCUAGGUUUAAUUUGAGCCUUGGUUUUGGUAUCUUUUGCUUUGGCAUAUAUUGUAAUUUAUUAAUCAAAAAGAAAAGAUGUUGUAUCAUGACUAUAUAAUUU